AUGGCCUUCACAUGGCUUGCUGCUCAAGCGGGCACACACGUUAACUGCACUGGUGCGUGAUAUUUACUUAUGGGACUGAAGGUUUUUAAGAGCGGAUCUUCUUGUGUAAAGCCUAUUACCAGUGGCAUUAUCCCUUGGAUACUAUUCACAGUCAGUUCUCAGUAAAGUCCACUCUGUGUCCCUCCCAUCGGGUCAAAAUGGACAGGCAGGCCGUACCACCGUCACCUCCUCACCCUUGGCGAUGGAUGAUCAUAGUUUCUCGCUUCUUUUGGACCUUCAUUUGCCUGGGUAGUUUCAAGUCGCUGGGCGUGCUCCUACCCCAUUUUGUGGACAGUUUCUCCACCAGUACGGCAGUGGCUGGUUUGGUCAGCAGUUUCCUACUAGGCUUUGGCCUGCUGAGUUUCGGUCCCUUCGUUGGUGCCCUGGUGAAGGUAUGGGAUUCCCGCAAGCUUACUAUCGCAGGAGGACUACUAGCUGGUACUACUACAGUGGCUGCGUCCUUUUCUUCGUCCAUCACCCAAAUGGGGGUGUUGUUUGCUUUGAUAAGUAUCGGCUUGGCUUUCAUACAAGUAUCAUCAGUCAAACCUCUGAUGGACUAUUUUCCAGAGAGCUUCGCCACCGCCAAUGGCGUAUCUCUGUGCGGAGGGACGAUAGGCAUGAUGGUGAUCCCCCCGUUGGUGGAAUACCUGGUUGAAGAGUAUGGAUGGAGAACCGCCUUUGCACUUUUGGGUGCAUUUUCAUUCAACUACGUGGUGUGUGGGGCUUUACUCAGACCUCUACAUCCUAUGCGAACAAACUACAGUCGGUUGCCGGGCCAGACGUAUGAUGCUGACGCUGCUACCCCAGAGCUCAGAAACCAAUUUGACGACCGCCUGCUGCCAGAUAGGAAGAAGAGUCGCGUGAAUUUCAAAAAAGUGUUCUCAAUUAUUCUGGAAGUUAUCCGCGAGCGGUUCGACACUCGGGCCCUAGCUGACCCUAUAUUCAUCAUUUACCAAGUAGCCUGUGUAUUGAAUGGCAUGCUUUACAGCAUGUGGCAUCUGUUCCUCAUUCCCCAAGGCCUGGAGCUAGGCUUCGGCGACGAGCCAUCGGCGUUCUUGGCCACUUACGGCGGCCUGGGUGCUCUUAUCGGACGACUCGGACACGGGUUUUUGGUAGACUGUGGCCUCAUCAAAGCUUCUUCUCUCCUCGCCUUGUCGUCUUUGGUCUUUUCGGUGUGCUGCGGCCUCAAUCCUCUGGCUACAUCAUCAUACGUGGCCAUAGCGGUACUUGCCACGGUUUCAGGGAUCGCUAUCGGGGCCAUAUACCCGCUGUGUUUUGUCGUGAUGCGGGAAAUCACUGGAGACCAGCAAACCUCGGCCUACAGCUGGCUGUUCUUGUCCCAUGGUGGAGGGCAGCUUCUAGGUGGUUUCUUCGGCGGUUGGAUCCACGAUGUCAUGGGAGCGUACGAGUUCGCCUUCUUGGGCAUGGGAGCUCUUGCUGUCGUCAUGGUCGCCAUGUUGGUUUUGACUCGAUGCCUCAUGCAUUUCUGUGGACCACGUGACUGAGGUGCGCAGGUGCGCACAAAUUACUGCCGUUUGGAGACCACGUGAAUCAUUUCAGUUUGACUCCUGAUCCUCCAAGAGUCUGGUUCCUUCCUGAACUCUUCAAACUCACGGGUCCGAUUUGACCCAGAAUCAGGCUUCUAUUUGGCCUUACACUUUUCCGGGUCAAAAUGGCACUACUCUGACUCAUUUACCUGGUUAUUUUGACCGUGAAAAGUGUCAAUUUGAUCCGGAAAAGUGUCAGGCCAAAAUAUACAACCCGGAUUCUGGGUCAAAUCUAACAUGCAUUUGUUUUUUUAGAGUGUUUGCGCUCAUACCCAGCUCAAGAAUAAACAUGAAACUACGUGUGUUAACAACUUCUAGAAAAAAAUUGUUAUGUUAAUAUCAGUGAAAUUUUCUAGAGAGUAAGAUAUUUUUCAUCAUUGACCCAGUAUAAUAUAUAUUGCGACAUAACCUGCGUGACUAUACAAUCUCAUUACCACGGAUCAGUUCAUGCAGAAAUCCAAACAAGACAAAGUACAUGUAGUUGGUUUAUUACAUAAGACUCCGGGUAUGAAUUUACAUUUACUGAAAAUGUUUCCACUGUGCUUCGGAAAAAAAACAGCGAAUCUGAGUUUACAAACUGCUACUUGCUAGGUUCCUGUGAAACUGAUGAAACUGAUUGUGAAAAUGACAAAGCUCAUACCCAACAUCAUGAAUGUUUUUUAAAGAAUUUUCAUUCAAUCCCAAUCCUAUAUUUACUUACAAAAUAAUUGCCGUAUUGUACCAUAGGGAGACAUUCCCAUAGGGUUGUGCACAAAAGUAUUCAAACUUUCAUGACCCCUCACCCCAAUUUAUAAACUUUAUCCUAUCCUCGCGAAAUUUGAUAGAUUCAUGUUUUUGACCACGAGCAAUCAAUCCAGCAUAUUUGCCUCUAAAUAGAACUUAAAGCCUUAGAGAAACAUCCAAAAUGUCUCCAUAAUGUCAAAUGUCUCCCUGAGGUAUAACUAAUGGUGAUAAAGUGUCUUGCUAAAGGUACAAUUAGUAGAAAAUUAUACUCUUUUGCAGUAUAUCUGACAUGAUUGACAUGGGGAAGAAAGAACAUUUUGUGGCAUGUUCUGACAAAAUUCAGAUACCUCUAGGCAAAUGGAGAUGUGACUUUAAAUCGAUGUGGUCAAUUUUUGUUUUAAGAUUUUUUAGAUGUUAGAAAAUUUGAGAUCCAAAAUAUGUUUCAAAAAUUUACUGUAGGAAGAUUCAAGCCUUAGUUUGUAUUCUUAAGAUGAUUUUUGGACGUUUUGUAGUUGGUGUAUCAGGUCAAAAAAUACACAAUCCAAAACUGUAAAAAGGCAGUUUCUCUUUUCAUCACCUUUCAUCGCAUACCGGUACUUCAAAUCGUCGUAAUUUGGCAAAGGCAAGUUUUAUUUCUUCAAAAGUUUAGUCUGAACAAUAUGUUUCUUUUGCACAUGACGAAUCUUUUCACAAUACCACAAACCAAGACAAUCAACUAACAUGGCAUGGAAAGUCCAUUUCGCUAAAAAAAGGAAUAAUUUGCAAUGAGUUUCGCUGUGAGUUUUGCAAAUUUAUGGAAUACUUUGCAUGAAUAACUGAAAUCAUUAUAUUCUCACGGAAUUUCACCGUGUUUUUCCCCAAUAGGGUUUUCGCCCAUCCCGUAAUCAGUUAUUUAGUACCUUAUACUGGAAUGUUUAGAAAUGAACUAUGGGUACUUAAGUUUAUAUGUAUCAAGAUUUCAAUUAAAGUACUUGUAGUUGUAAAUAUUGAGGGCUGUAGUCUGUUUUACAAGUUCACCUUUUCCUUGUAAAUUGUACUUUGCUUAACGUUAUUCGAUAAUUUGUAAUGUAUGCAGGGCCCCAAUGGAAACGUAACUUUUAAACUGUUUGGGCAAACACCGGGUAAAGAGGUACUGAAUAAUAAUUAAAUGGGAAAUCUUCAGAGCCUGUUAAUCGUCAAGUUGCCCAGAUAUCCUAUAUUGAUAGAACACGUCACAUUUUCUAGGAGGAGAAACGUGAGUCUUUCAAAUAAUAACCCCGUGAAUGAGGAGUUUGUCGACACGAACACAGACUGUUCGCAGAUAAUCUUGAUCAUUUUAAGAAAUCAAAAUGAUGAUGAUCUUGAUUUAAUUUCUAAUUGCCUACGGGUAUGAUAGUGAUAUAAAGAGAACACGUUAAAACAACACAGUGUUCCGCUAAGUUUGAUAAAUUACAUCAUUAUGGAAUUAGGGGAAUCACUUGGGAUGGGUAAGUGACAGUGGAAAAU